AUGUCUAGCAACGAUGAUCCAGCUUCCCAGCACCCCGCUGCUGCUAUUGAGGCGGCUGAUGGGCCAGCUGACGAGAGUGAAUUCGAGCUUGUCAACUGGGAUGCGUCCUCAGUCGACUCUGCCUCGCUCAGCUCCAGCAUCUAUGCGCAUGAGUACAAGAAUGGUCGUCGCUAUCACAGCUAUCGCAAUGGGCGCUAUCCCAUGCCUAAUGACGAGACGGAGCAGAGUCGAGAGGACAUGAAGCAUACCAUGUUGCUCGAGCUGACCGAUGGAAAGCUGAUCUAUGCACCGAUUGGCGAGAACCCUCAAAAAAUCAUUGACAUUGGAACUGGAACUGGAGCUUGGGCAAUUCAAGUUGCCGAUCUAUUCCCUGCCGCCGAAGUUCUUGGCAUCGAUCUAUCUCCUAUCCAGCCUACGUGGAUCCCCCCAAACGUCAAAUUUCUCGUGGACGAUGCCGAGGAUAAAUGGCUCAACGGAGACAGCUUCGAUUACGUUCACUUGCGUUCUGUAGCCCCUGCGCUGAGAAAUAUUGAUUAUGUCUUGGCCCAGGCAUAUGAGCACAUGAAGCCCGGGGCUUGGAUCGAGUUCCAAGAGCUCCACGGCCAAGUUCACUGUGACGAUGGCACUAUGCCCGAAGAUGACAAACUAAAGGAAUUCUACGAACUUACGGUUGAAGCCUUCGCUGGCCUCGGCAUCAUGUUCCAUAUUGCACGCGACCUGCGGCCCCAUCUCGAGGCUGCAGGAUUUAAGGAUAUCCGAUGCGAGGUGAAGAAGACCCCCGUCGGAACCUGGCCCAAGGACAAGACUAUGCGGCUCAUCGGUCAAUACAUGAAGGAGGUCGUUGCCGAUGCCAUCCCGGCGUUCGCCGGGAAACCCUUUGAGCAUCAUGGCAUCCCGAACGUUGAGAGUCAGGUGUGGCAGGCAACAGCCAAGAAGGAGCUUGAGGACAGGACCAAGCACCGUUACCUCAACUUCUACUUUUGGUAUGCGCAGAAGCCUCAAGACGCUCCUGAACAUGAUGCUGGUGCAGGCUCCUCGGGUGAAGACGAUGCUUGA